AUGAAACCUUUACGAAGGUUCUUGAUCGCUUCACUCUCAUUGGGAGGUUUGGGCAUUGUAGGCAGUUUGAAUGCUUUAGUUCUCCAAUGCCUGCGAUUCAUAUAUCAAGAUAUGGCCCGUUUAACUGCAGAUCUUCCUUUCGAUAUCCAGAAUUUUCGCCUCAAUUCGCAAAAAGUACCAAUGCACCUUUUCAGUACUUUCCUAUUGGUCAAUUGCGCUGCUUUCGUUGCGCAAGCAUCACAGAUGAGAAAGAUGGAGCCAGGACCACCAGGACCGGAUGGACCUGAUGGAGAAGAGGGACCUGAAGGACCGAGGGGAAUAAAAGAGGGACCACGAGGUAUCGAAGGACCAAUGGGUGGUGCUGCUGGUUAG